AUGGCGUUACAAUCAGUAAUACUUCAGCCGACUUGGCUUCCUCGGAACAUCAGCAGAUGCAAAUAUUCAACAUUAACGAAAACUCGACUCACGAGCACGCCGGUACCAGUAAUAAUACACACCAGAAAGCUCCAAGCUUGCGAGCAAGGAUCUUUGAGCUACCCACCAGAAUAUCGCAACCACUGUAUAGCCUCUUGUCAACGCCGUGGUUUCUCGGCUUCUCUGAGUCGAGCCCGGGAUCAUCAUUUUGACACAUUGAAGUUCGUCCAAAGACUCAAAGAUGAAGGAUUCUCGGAGGAGCAGGCUGUUGCCAUGAUGAAAGUGCUCAAUGACGUUAUCGAGGAAAGCAUUCAAAACUUGACUAGAACCAUGGUCUUGCGUGAAGAUCAAGAACGAGCAACGUACACCCAGAAGGUCGACUUUGCGAAACUUCGUUCUGAACUCAUGACUGCGGACUCUACCGAAUCGUCACUCACUCGCGUCUCGCACGAACGUUUGACGAAUGAGCUCACAAAGUUGAAUUCGCGCCUUCGUGACGAGAUCCAGAGGACUCAAGCGUCUGUCAGACUCGAUCUUAACCUUGAAAAAGGCAGAAUCCGAGAAGAGGCCAAUGUUCAAGAGUUGAAGCUCAAAGAAACAGAGACCAGGAUCGAGCAAGAGACAGCUCAAUUACGUGAGAAGCUUGAGGCUGUAAAGUUUUCCACCUUGCAGUGGCUCAUGGGAGUUUGCACCGGCACAGCAGCUUUGAUUCUUGGUGCUUGGCGUCUCUUGAUGUAG